UGGCAGACGCUCAGGGGAACAUGGCGGCGGAGGAGUCGGCGGUCCCGGCGCUCUCCAGCGGCGGCGGCGGAGUGGGCGCGGGGACCCCGUCGGGUACGGUCCCUGUGCUCUUCUGUUUCUCUGUCUUCGCGCGGCCCUCGUCCGUGCCCCACGGCGCCGGCUACGAGCUGCUCAUCCAGAAGUUCCUCAGCCUGUACGGCGACCAGCUCGACAUGCACCGCAAAUUCGUGGUGCAGCUCUUCGCUGAGGAGUGGGGCCAGUACGUGGACCUGCCCAAGGGUUUCGCGGUGAGCGAGCGCUGCAAGGUGCGCCUCGUGCCGCUACAGAUCCAGCUCACUACCCUGGGAAAUCUUACACCUUCAAGCACUGUGUUUUUCUGCUGUGAUAUGCAAGAAAGAUUCAGACCAGCCAUCAAGUAUUUUGGGGAUAUUAUUAGUGUGGGACAAAGAUUGUUACAAGGGGCUCGGAUUUUAGGAAUUCCAGUUAUUGUAACAGAACAGUACCCUAAAGGUCUUGGAAGCACUGUUCAAGAAAUUGAUUUAACAGGUGUAAAACUGGUACUUCCAAAGACCAAGUUUUCAAUGGUACUACCAGAAGUAGAAGCGGCAUUAGCAGAGAUUCCUGGAGUCAGGAGUGUUGUGUUAUUUGGAGUAGAAACUCACGUGUGCAUCCAACAAACAGCUCUGGAGCUAGUUGGCCGAGGUAUUGAGGUUCACAUCGUUGCUGACGCCACCUCAUCGAGAAGCAUGAUGGACAGGAUGUUUGCUCUUGAGCGUCUAGCUCGAACUGGGAUCAUCGUGACCACCAGCGAGGCUGUUCUGCUACAGCUGGUGGCUGAUAAAGACCAUCCAAAGUUCAAGGAAGUUCAGAACCUAAUUAAGGCGAGUGCUCCGGAGUCGGGUCUGCUUUCCAAAGUAUAGGACGUUUGAAGGAUGCACACUACUCACCAUUAGGUGACAGGACUGCAAGCCCAGACAGGCUCUUGUCUCUACUAGAAUUAAAAUGUUAAGUCAAAAGUAGGCUCUUUCUUUGCGCCUCUUAGUAAAUCUUAACCAGUUAGACCAUUUGGGUACCAGUAUUUAGUUAUAAACGUCAAAGGCUUCAGGUGCUGCUUAUCUUCUUUCUUUCUCAAUGCGCUUUUAUUUAUUAAAAAACAAUUAUAAUGGAGGUGCCUGUUUCAUCUAUACUGUGUACAUUGACCGUAACUUCCAAAAGUGCACUCUAGUGAAAUUUUCUUAAAUUGUAUACCAUAAUGAAAAAGAAGUACUGAUAAUAGUUUGACUUUUGUAUUAUUGUAACAUGUAUGUUAAAACAUUAAUGUGGAUUCAGUGCUUUUACUUUACAGAUGGGUUGAAAUGGGAUUAUUAUGUGAGAUUUAAAAGCAGGGCUGUGAUUUAUGCUUCCCUUUCCCAUCAUAAUGCUGUCAGGUUACUGAGUUGCAUUCAUCUAACCAGAUGAAAUUAUAUAAUGAAUCAUUUUAUCGUUUUUGAUUAUACUAAUUUUCUUACUUUGGUCACCAUCACUAGUUAUCUGUUAAUGUUCUCUUUUUUUUAGUUGAAUCUUUUCCUAGAGAGACUUGUUGGGUCACUGUUUUAAUUUUGUAAACAGAUGAGAAGAUUUGCCAUGUUAUGUAAUUACUGGAAUGCUGUUUUAAAAUCUUUGAAGUAUUACCUUAGCUGAAUAUCUUUACAAAAAUCUUGACUGUAUCUUCUAAUAUGCAUAAGAUUUACCAAAAAGAUAAAGGCUGGAUAAAAUGUAGGUUUAAAUGUUCAUGUUUUUGUUUUGAUAUUUUCUCCACCUACCCUCCAGUUAUAAAGGCACCAGUAAUGAUUUGUUAGUAUUAAUUUUUUAGCCAUUGCUAUUCUUCAAUAAAUUUAUUUUCAUUAAAUACUUAUUAGAGGGUUUUAAAACUUUUUAAUAAUUAUGUGAAAUAUGGAACAUUGCUGUCUUUUAUAUUAAAAUAAUUAAAGAAAA